AUGAUGUUUUUAUUACUCGGACCAGCACCCUUCUUUCCAUUUAUUCCAUAUGAACUUUGGUUAAUUAUUACCACUUUACUUAUAUUUGGUAUAACAGUUGGUGUAGCAUUUGUCACUUACUUUAAGGCAAUGAUUAAUGGAGUCAAAAUCUGCCAUCCCGGAUUCCAAAUGGAAUAUAUAUUUUUCUUUGUCAGACAAUUGGGCUAUGAAGAAUCUUUAGAUACAUUUGGUAUGUUCUGUGUGUUAGUGAUUUAUAAAUGUACCAACAAACUUGGGUUUUCAGAACCUCCUAAUCUACCAUCAAAAUAA